CUGACUUUCUCUUUAUUUAACGACCUUCACGAGCGGACGCUCCGGCUAGUCUAACAUGUCCUUGCCUCUCCUUCGACAACCAGCUGGCCUCUCAUCCGAUACUCUCGACCCACCCAUACCUCAGACGCACACGACGCAAGACGACCAAUGGAGCGCUCACGAAACCAUAGAGUCCGAAGACGAUCGGGAGGAGGCCGUGGACCGCCAGGAAGACCUCACGAUCCGAACGGGCAAGCUAUCGCCGGCGACAGACAAGACCCACGAAGUUGUCGAGUCUCCAUCACCUACAGCACCCAGCCCGACCGCUGCGCAGGAUGCCCAACCUCGCGAGGCAGACGCGAGCAGUGUACAUAGCCUGCCAGAGGUCCAGGUAUCCGACUACACCAACUCGAGUGAACCCAUGACUUCACGUAGCGCGAGCUCGUCGUACCCUGCACCGCCAUCAGCGGGUCUAACAGCGACCGCCACGUCUUCGCUGGAUCGAAGAAACCGCCAUCGGUCGACCAUGGAUACCCGUGCAUCAAACCGUAUAUCGGGCUUCUUUUCCAACCUCAUCCAUCGACGAGACUACCCACCACAACCAGCACCCCACGAGACGAUGGCUUCAUCGCCAACGACGACGAAAGAAUCGUCUCGGGCAUCGUCCCCCAUGCCAUCACGUCCCUCCA